UUCUCAGCCGGGACACCCAGCGGCUCACACAGAAACAUCAUCAUGGCAGCGGAGUGCGACGUGCUGUCUGAAAUCGAGGUGCUAGAGUCGAUCUACCUUGAUGAACUGCAAGUGAACAGGAGAGAGGACGGGGGCUGGGAGGUGAGUCUGGUCCUGUACCCGUCCACAGCGGAGGACUCGGUCUCCCAGUUCGUCCGACUCACCCUGACUUUGACGCUCGAUCAGCAGUACCCUUCAUCUUCUCCAGCCAUCUCCAUUCAUAACCCCCGGGGACUCUCUGAUGACAAGCUCAGCAGUGUCCAAAAGUGUCUUCACUUGGAGGCUCAGUCCUGUCUGGGUUCGCCAGUGUUGUACCAGCUCAUUGAGAAAGCAAAAGAAAUCCUGACUGAAAGCAACAUUCCUCAUGGAAAUUGUGUCAUUUGCCUCUAUGGAUUUAAGGAGGGGGAGACGUUCACCAAGACGAGCUGCUACCACUAUUUCCACUCCCACUGCCUCGGCCGCUACGCCAGCCACUCUGAGGGGGAGCUGCGCCAGAGGGAGAAGGAGUUGGAGGAGGACAAGACCAGAGAGAGAGCAGACUGUCAGGAGCUGACUGUGGUGUGUCCGGUGUGUCGAGAACCUCUGGCGUAUGAUGUUGAUCAGCUGCUGUCGUCCCCUGCCCCCCAGCUGCCUGAGCUGGAUGAAGCAGCCAUUGGCUCAGACUUUCAACAGAAGUGGUUUGAACUCCAGAAGCUUUUGGAAAGACAGAGGUCUAAAGGUGGCAUCAUCGACCCGGAGGAGGAAUCAAAUCGGUUUCUGAUCCACAUCAAUGAGACUCCAUCUGUCGCUGAAAAUGGAAACCUAGACGCAGACAUGUUCCCCAGCCCUCCGGUACCCUCUGCUUCUAAUGUGUCCUCUGAUGAAACUGGUGUCAGAGAGGACCAGUUUGUUCCUGGACUGUCCCACUGCAGAGGCGCUCAGAGCCAGAGGCGUCAGAACCAGGUGAGAGGGCCGAGGAGAGGAGGCAGGUCCAGACCUCAACACGGGAGAGCCGCCCCCGUCACAGAGCAGCUGGACAAACUCUCUCUGUCCUCAGACUGCACUGAAGGACCAGUAAGAGCACAAGCUCAGGGUAAUCAUGACCAACAUAUGCAAGUAAAUGCAGAAUUGUGUCAGUCAAAGACAGGCAGGGAGGUCUACGCAGAGCAGCAGCAGGUUUCUCCAGACGGUCAGCCAGUGUGCAAGUCAGGUCUGGAAACUGAAUGGCAAAAAGAUGCCGCAGACUCUGCAGGCGGCCGUGGUUAUCGUGGAAGGAGAAAGGGCCCUCACCGAUCUGCCCCACACAGCGGGGGCCCUGGGCCCGCGCGAUACCACUGGGACGGGCGAGCUUCAAGAAGCAGGGGAGGGGCCAACAACCUGUACAGCAGAGGAGGCGGGCCCCACCGGGGUCAUGGAAGGGGCUUCCAACAGAAGGUGGUGGAGAGAGAGAGGGGAAGAGAGGAGGUGCUAUGACAAAGGGCAACAGGAGGGCCAAUGAACAAAUGUGUGUGUGCCUCCAUAAUGAGUUUGCAUAGAUUAAAGCCCUGCAGCAGAAAUGACAUUCACUCUAGUGUCCUACCCUGUACAUCACCGCUAUCCUGGUCUCUGAUAUACCCUUUCAUGCACACUAAUAUCAGACACCGAUGGUUGUUGUUUUUUGUUGUGAUGCAAUAUGACCUGAAAGAACCACAAAUUAAAUUU